ACGUCAUAAUAAAGCAGAGAGAGAUAGAUGGGUUGCGGAAGGGAACAUGAAACGUUGCACUGACCGGACAGCAUAGUCAACUGUAUAGUCAGUGCUGCCACCUUGGAAAUCGCGAUUAACAACGUUGUUCUCAUGUCCUUUUUCUCCAGGCUGUGCCCCUGUUUCUACAAGGGAGGCGCAACCUCCGGCGACGGCGGCGAGCACCACGACGAUCACAGCGGGCCAGCGGACUCCUUGGACCUGAUUUUCGACCUCCACACUCUCCAACUCGCUACCAACUUCUUCAGCAGCCUCAACCAGCUAGGUCAUGGAGGCUUUGGCCCUGUCUUCAAGGGAAUGAUGCCAAAUGGUCAAGAAGUGGCGGUUAAGAAGCUGUCAAUGGAAUCUAGGCAAGGAGUUAAAGAAUUCACCAACGAAGUCAGGCUACUACUCAGAAUUCAGCACAAGAACUUGGUUACAUUACUUGGUUGUUGUGCAGAAGGGCCUGAAAAGAUGCUUGUCUAUGAGUAUCUACCUAACAAAAGUCUUGAUCACUUUCUGUUUGAUAAGAGGAAGUCUUCAUCUUUGGACUGGGCAAAACGAUUCAGAAUAGUUACUGGUGUGGCAAGAGGACUUCUCUACCUGCAUGAAGAGGCACCAGAAAGAAUUAUACACAGGGACAUUAAAGCUAGUAACAUAUUGUUGGAUGACAAUUUAAUUCCGAAAAUUUCAGACUUUGGUUUGGCAAGGCUGUUUCCUGGGGAGGACACUCACGUACAGACAUUUAAGAUUUCCGGUACACAUGGUUACAUGGCUCCUGAAUAUGCAUUGCGAGGAUAUCUGUCAGUGAAGACGGAUGUUUUCAGUUAUGGAGUCCUGGUGUUGGAAAUAAUUAGUGGGAGAAAAAACCAAGAUAUGCGACUUGGACCAGAAAAAGCAGAUCUCUUGAGCUAUGCAUGGUCGCUUUAUCAAGGAGGGAGACUAAUGGAAUUGAUUGAUCCAACCCUCGGCAAAUACAAUGGUGAUGAGGCAGCAAUGUGCAUUCAGCUUGGUUUGUUGUGCUGCCAAGCAAGCAUAAUUGAAAGGCCUGACAUGAAUGCUGUUCAUCUCAUGCUCUCAAGUGAUUCCUUCACUUUGCCAAGGCCAGGUAAACCUGGAAUUCAAGGUCGUACAGGACGUUGGACCACAACUACAUCUGCUUUGAGCAAUACCAAUGCUAGUAACACUACCAGGGUCUCAGGUGGUAGUGGUAGUUUUGUAGAGGAUUAUUCUAGAAAUUCAAUAUCUACCUCUUCUUUUGAUGAAGGCAGAUGACCUCCAUCAUAAUGUAUAGGGUGCAAUAGAAGCUCUAUUUAGGGUAUUCUUUUUGUAUUACUGUAGCUAUCUUAAUAGAGGAAUGGUUUGAUGACAAACAAAAUUCAGAGUUGAUUCUUGAA